AUGCAACAGGCAAGCGCAAACCUGGCUUCGACCACUGUUGAUCAGACACAACCAAGCAACGAAGAAACAUCCAACAAUACAGUUGUCGACGUUGAAAAGGCAAUUGGCACAACAUCAUCUGAUACGGAUCCUGCACCUCCCUUCUCGACUUUCACCAACACAGAAAAGAAACUCAUCGUCUUAACCAUAUCUUUCAUCGGUCUGCUGUCUCCAUUAUCAGCGAGCAUUUACUUUCCAGCUAUCGGCACACUUGCGAGAGAUUUGUCUGUCUCGACGUCGGACAUCAACCUGACAGUAACGACUUAUUUGGUAAGCCAUUGUCCUGUACUGCGAGAAGUUCAGACAUUGACAACAUGCUCCAGNAUCUUUCAGGCCAUUGGUCCGACCUUCUUUGGCAACCUGUCCGACGUCAAGGGUAGAAGACCUGCUUACUUCGGUUGUCUUGUUGUCUCAACAGUAGCAAAUAUCGCACUAGCAUGUCAAAGAUCGUAUGCCGCCCUACUGGUCCUCCGUUGCGUCCAAAGCUCUGGUUCGGCAGCCACGGUCGCUUUGGGUCAGGCCGUCGUCGCCGAUAUCUCAACAAGAGCGGAAAGAGGCAAAUGGGUUGCGUAUGCAAGUGUUGGGAUUAUGCUCGGACCUGCUAUAGGCCCUACAAUCGGCGGUCUGCUGGAAACCUAUCUUGGCUGGCCAUCUAUCUUUUGGUUCUUAGCCAUCUUUUCUGGAGUCAUGUUGAUCGUAACACUCUGUUUCCUACCCGAGACCUGCAGAGCUGUCGUCGGAAAUGGAUCUGUUCCACCGCAGAGAUGGAACCGAGCGUUGUGGUCAUGCCUGAGGAACAAGAAUGUUGCCGAACAAACCGGAACGCUGCAGCGCUCCAAAAAGAGGCCAAAUCCAUUCACCUCGCUACUCAUCAUAUUCAAAAAGGAAGAUGGCCUUAUACUACUCUGCGGCGCCUUCUUGUACGCAGGCUUCUACAUUGUUCUGAUCACCCUGACCGACCAACUCUCCCAGGAAUAUGGUUUGAACACCUUGCAAGUCGGCCUUUGCUAUUUGCCUUUUGGUGUUGGAUGCAUGGCGUCUCGCUUCUCUGUCGGCAUACUUCUGGACCGCAACUACAAACGCCUUACGCAUCAGCUCGAUCCCUCCAGUGAAUCUCUUCCAAACGCCAAAGAAUCUGACGCCUUCCCCAUCGAGAAGGCGCGUCUGCAAAUCGGUAUCCCAGCAAUUUAUGCUUCGGCCGUUGUCACCAUAACCUAUGGCUGGGUAAUGGAUUACAAGACUUCGUUGGCAGGUCCACUGAUCAUGUUGUUCUUUGUCGGCAACUUCACUACGGGAGCUUUCAACGUGUUUAGUACUUUGAUCGUCGACAUCAACUUGCAUCAGCCGGGCACGGCAUCCGCAGCGAAUAAUCUGGCUAGAUGUGGCAUGGGUGCUGCCUUUACAGCCUUUGCAAUGCCUUUGGUCGAUGCUAUUGGCAUUGGAUGGGCGAGUACAGCGGUUGCCUUUCUCUGGGUGUUGACGACACCUUGUUUGUGGGCAGUUAUGAAUUGGGGACCUGCAUGGCGUGCUGCGGAAAAGACGAAGCUAGAGCAGAGAGAGGCCAAGAAAUAA